AACUAGAAGUACAUCUUACAUCUUUGCUGUCCUCACACGACAUUUGCACUCCGGAAGAAAUCUUGUCUGGAUUCAUAAGUUUCCCAUUUGUUUCGGCUUACACACAUUUGUUUGCUGUGAGCAGCUUUAUUUCUAUUGCGUAGUUUUUGUGGAUCAUGCGGUGCAUGAACCAUGAGUGCCGGACCACUCACCGUAGAGAUUAUCUGUACCUGUAUUCUUGCCUUGCUGCUUAUUCAUCGCUAUGGUGAUUGGAGGAAGCAGCAUGUCCUGGUCACCUUGGCCACAUUCGUUGCCUGGUAUUUCUCUUUGAUGAUAAUCUUCAUCAUCCCACUGGAUGUUUCAUCGACAUUUUAUCGCCAAUGUUUACAAAAUCAAAAAUCAAUCAGUACUACCACUGCUGCUUACCAAAAUGUUUCUGUGACAACAGCAGCUGGCAACAUCUCAUCCACAUCAUUGCAAUCAGGGACUGAGAAACUGACAACUACUGCAAGGAGAGUUACUCCUGAAGCUGUUGUAGGAUGUGAGCCACCAGUUAGCCAUGUACCUGACUAUGUGCUACCUGCUCUCUGGCAUGUUGUCUAUUGGACAUCCCAAGCUCUCACUUGGUUGAUCCUGCCGUUGAUGCAAUCUUAUUCCAAUGCUGGUGACUUCAGUGUGGCAGGGAAAUGUAAGUCGGCUUUGAUAGAGAACGCCAUCUACUACGGCACCUACUUGCUCAUAUUUGGAGUUUGCCUCAUCUAUGUUGCUGCACGCCCCAACCUACACAUCGAUGGGGACAAAAUCAAAGUCAUUGGUGUAACUGCCAGCAACACUUGGGGUUUAUUUCUUCUUGUGUUGCUGUUAGGCUAUGGGCUGGUAGAAGUCCCACGCACUGUUUGGAACAGUUCUAAAAGAGGACACAUGUUAUCACGCACGCAAUUCAAAAUUGCAAAGUUGAGCACAGAAAAGUCUGAGGCCGAAGAAGCUCUUGAAGAUGUUUUGGAAGAAAUCAAACGGGCUUCAGAGUCGAUACGUUACAACCAUUAUCUCAGAAGACAUGUGGACACAAUCCUUUUGAAGUGUCCAGAAAACUUCCGAAAAUCCAUCCAGCGCAAUGUUGAUGAUUAUGAGGACUACGACAGCCCUAUGGACUCUCCGACGGAACGUACUCUGGUUCGGCUGCACAAGAGGGUCAUCCGAGCUUCCCAGAUCUACCAGCGAACUCAGUGUCAAUGGAACAUGUUAAUGGAGAAGGUGUUUGCCUUGGAAGAUGUUGCAAAUAAUGAGUCGAACCCAGAACGCAUUUUCAAACAUUAUUCCUCCAGUGUUUCUGUAACUGGUCUCUCAAAACACUUCUAUAACCCUAAAGUCGAAUGGUACUGGAAAUGUCUGUUCCAGCCGUGGGUGAUGAAAAUAGUGGCCAUCUGUCUUGCAGUGAUGUCUUUCAUGGUUGUUUGGUCAGAAUGUUUGUUCUUUAUAAAGAAACCUGUCUUGUCGUUGUUUGCCGUUUCCAUAAAUCUUGCCAACCAGAAUCAUGAUUAUGUCUACAUUGAGCUGACCUCCAUCUUGACGAUUGGCUUCCUGUGUUUCUGUGCUUACUACACUGUGUUUCAAAUCCGCAUCCUCAACUACUAUUACAUUGCUCCUCACCACCAAACCAACGAAUACAGUUUGAUCUUUACUGGAAUGAUGCUCUGUCGAUUAACACCUCCGUUGUGCCUCAAUUUCCUUGGUUUGAUCCAUUUGGACAGCCAUGUAACUCACGUCAAUAAUCUUGAGGAAACAGCUUACACAACUAUUAUGGGUCAUAUGGAUGUGAUUGCUAUUGUGUCUGACGGUUUCAAUAUAUAUUUCCCCAUUGCUAUUGUUCUGCUCUGUAUAUGUACCUACUUCAGUUUAGGCAGUCGGAUUCUUCACUUCCUUGGCUUUCAGCAGUUUGUUGGUGAUGAUGACAUGACCCAGGAACUCAUUGACGAAGGCAAGGAACUCGUUAGGAGAGAAAAGAGACGUCGAGAAAGAAAAGCUGAUGGAGAAGCCCGUCGGAAAAUGUGGAAUGACCAGUUUGGUGGCAUUAAACCAUCAUCUUCCGAAAGUCCUCGCAGAGGUAAAAUCCCUCGGAGUCCAGAUGAAAACGAUCGAACUGAACUUCUGCGCCAAGCUGAUCCAGUCGAUUAUACGGGAGAUACAGCUACUGACAAUUUAGAAGAUUAUAUCAACAUUAGCCAUCACAACACAACUGCUGCCACGGGUUACCAGCAGUCGCAACCUCCACCUAGAUACAGCUCAGUAACAAGAACGGGCCACAAACCGCCCAGAGGAAUCUUUGAUGAUGUAUAGGAGUUGACAGACUUUUACUUUUUCAAUGUGCUUUCGUAUUUAUAUAUGUAUGUAUAUAUAUCUAUAUCUCUCUCUCUCUUUCCUCGAAGAUAUUAUGACAAUGUAUUGUCUGGGGUCAAAGAAAAUGGGUGAAACAACUUGAUAUGGUUGUUUCAAGUGGGAACAAGAGAAAAAAAAAAAGGGGUCUAAUAUUUUGAAUUAUAUAUUUAACUAAGCCAUUAAUAAUUUCAGAACCAAUUGUAUAUAGAAUGAAGCUUUGCAGUGUCUGGCAUUUCCUUUUUUGUUUCCUCUUGAAAUUAAACCCCCGUUAGUUUCUGUAGUCAACUGUACAUAUCAUUUCAGUCCUUUACAGGUUAGCAGCCAACCCUAACACUUUUUAAUCGAGUUUUCUGAUUGAAAAAAUUGUUAGAUUUUUCGUAUGAAGAUAAAUUUUUUUUUUAAAUCAACAUUCCAGUAAAAAGGAAAAGAAAAAAAAAUGGACGUUUUGUCCAUGUUUUUGAAAAUAAAACAUUCCAAGAAUUUUUAGAUUAAGCAUUUAGUAAUGUCUUUCUCUUUCUUCACUCAACUUUCAAAUUUGAUUGGAUUUUAAAAAAUUACAUUCUGCAAUAUUUAACCUUUAUCCAAUGUUGCUCAAUGACAUUUCACAGAAGAAUAAACUUUUUGAAUUUUGAGUAGGAAUGCCAGGUGUCUGUUGUGUUACCAACAGAAAUAAGGUUGGUGAUAAAAGAGGGGUAUUUAUAUUAGUCUUUCUAGUAACCAGGUCUUGUAAUAUGGAAGAAUUCUUAAGUGGGGUGGGAAGGUAUUUCAUUGCUCAAUCUCACUGCAACUGUGGACAUCAAAACUGAAAUUCAUUUAUUUUCCCUCAUUUAGUAAUAAUUUAAUAUUUUAAUAGAAAUAAAAAAUU